GAUCUGAUUAGACCGGUUUUAACGGAGGAGGACACCGGGUUCCCGAACUCCUUACGGCCGUCUGAAAGAGAGGAACGCCGGCUUGUCACGUCCACUCCGCGGAACACCGACUUCGGCCUGUGAGGAGGUGAAGGUGGAGGGGCGGCACAGAACCGGGCCAGGACCGAGUAGAACCGCUGUGAGCUGUAAGCAAGCACGGCAGGGAGGGGGGGCGACCCGGAUCCACACCAAGUUCCAGCGAGCCGGGUCAUCCGGACCGAGACCUCAUGAAUGGAAAUCGGAACAACAGGAGCCCACGCCUUGUUCACGUUGCCGCGGCGGCCCGGAUAUGGCUCCAUCGGGAAACCCAUCAAGCUCCUGGCCAACUGCUUCCAGGUGGAGAUCCCCAAGAUCGACGUCUACCUGUACGAGGUGGACAUCAAGCCUGAGAAAUGUCCCCGACGGGUCAACAGGGAGGUGGUGGACUCCAUGGUGCAGCACUUCAAGGUGACCAUCUUCGGCGACCGGCUGCCGGUCUACGACGGGAAGAGGAGUCUGUACACGGCGAGCCCGCUGCCUGUGGCCACCGCGGGGGUGGAUCUGGACGUCACGCUGCCGGGCGAAGGAGGGAAGGACCGCCCCUUCAAGGUCAACAUCCGCUUCGUGUCGCUGGUCAGCUGGCACCUGCUGCACGAAGUCCUGAACGGACGGGCCGGUUCAGAACCGCUGGACCUGGACAAGCCGCUCAGCACCAACCCGGUCCACGCCGUGGACGUCGUCCUGCGACACCUGCCCUCCAUGAAGUACACCCCUGUGGGACGGUCCUUCUUCUCCUCCCCGGAGGGCUACGACCACCCGCUGGGCGGAGGGAGGGAGGUCUGGUUCGGGUUCCAUCAGUCGGUCCGGCCCGCCAUGUGGAAGAUGAUGCUCAACAUCGACGUUUCAGCCACGGCCUUCUACAAAGCUCAGCCCGUCAUCCAGUUCAUGUGUGAGGUCCUGGACAUCCACAACAUGGACGAGCAGCCGCGCUCGCUGCCGGACUCCCACAGGGUCAAAUUCACCAAAGAGAUCAAAGGUCUUAAGGUGGAGGUGACCCACUGUGGAAGCAUGCGCAGGAAGUACAGAGUGUGUAACGUCACCCGCCGGCCGGCCAGCCUGCAGACGUUUCCUCUGCAGCUGGAGAACGGCCAGACGGUGGAGCGCACCGUGGCUCAGUACUUCAGGGAGAAGUACAGCCUGCAGCUGAAAUACCCCCACCUGCCCUGCCUGCAGGUGGGCCAGGAGCAGAAGCACACCUACCUGCCGCUGGAGGUGUGCAACAUCGUCCCCGGUCAGCGCUGCAUUAAGAAGCUAACAGACAACCAGACGUCCACCAUGAUCAAAGCCACGGCCCGCUCCGCUCCGGACAGGCAGGAGGAGAUCAGCCGCCUGGUGAGGAGCGCCAACUACGAGGCGGACCCGUUCGUGCAGGAGUUUCAGUUCCGAGUGCGUGACGAGAUGGCUCAGGUGACGGGCCGCGUCCUGCCGGCCCCCAUGCUGCAGUAUGGCGGCAGGGUGAGCUCUGAACCCUUUAUGAACCGCACGGUGGCCACGCCCAGCCACGGCGUGUGGGACAUGAGGGGGAAGCAGUUCCACACCGGGGUGGAGAUCAAGAUGUGGGCCAUCGCCUGCUUCGCCACCCAGAGGCAGUGCAGAGAGGAGAUCCUCAAGAGCUUCACAGAGCAGCUGAGGAAGAUCUCUAAGGACGCUGGGAUGCCCAUCCAGGGCCAGCCGUGCUUCUGUAAAUACGCGCAGGGCGCCGACAGCGUGGAGCCCAUGUUCAGGCACCUGAAGAACACCUACGCCGGGCUGCAGCUCAUCAUCGUCAUCCUGCCGGGGAAAACGCCCGUCUACGCGGAGGUGAAGCGGGUCGGGGACACGCUGCUGGGCAUGGCCACCCAGUGCGUCCAGGUGAAGAACGUGGUGAAGACGUCUCCUCAGACGCUGUCCAACCUCUGCCUGAAGAUCAACGUCAAGCUGGGAGGCAUCAACAACAUCCUGCUUCCAAACCAGCGACCGUCGGUGUUCCAGCAGCCAAUCAUCUUCCUCGGAGCGGACGUCACUCAUCCUCCUGCCGGCGACGGGAAGAAGCCGUCGAUCGCUGCGGUGGUCGGCAGCAUGGACGCCCACCCCAGCAGGUACUGCGCCACGGUCCGGGUCCAGAGGCCCAGGCAGGAGGUCAUCCAGGACCUGGCCUCCAUGGUCAGGGAGCUCCUGAUCCAGUUCUACAAGUCGACGCGGUACAAGCCGACCCGGAUCAUCUUCUACAGGGACGGCGUGUCUGAGGGGCAGUUCAGACAGGUGCUGCACUACGAGCUGCUGGCCAUCAGGGAGGCGUGCAUCAGUCUGGAGAAGGAGUACCAGCCGGGGAUCACCUUCAUCGUGGUCCAGAAGCGUCAUCACACGCGGCUCUUCUGCGCCGAUCGCAACGAGCGGGUGGGACGAAGCGGGAACAUUCCUGCAGGAACCACCGUGGACACGGACAUCACUCACCCUUAUGAGUUUGACUUCUACCUGUGCAGCCACGCUGGGAUCCAGGGAACCAGCCGGCCGUCCCACUACCACGUCCUCUGGGACGACAACUGCUUCACCGCAGACGAGUUCCAGCUGCUCACCUACCAGCUGUGCCACACCUACGUCCGCUGCACCCGCUCCGUCUCCAUCCCCGCGCCGGCCUACUACGCCCACCUGGUGGCCUUCCGCGCGCGCUACCACCUGGUGGACAAGGAGCACGACAGCGCCGAGGGAAGCCACAUCUCGGGCCAGAGCAACGGCAGGGACCCGCAGGUUCUGGCCAAGGCCGUGCAGAUCCACCACGACACCCUGAGGACCAUGUACUUCGCCUGAGCCCGGCGGCGACCCGCUGCUCCCUCCUGACGUUCCGUAACGUGCUGUGAAGGAAACGGCCGGGUAGAACUGGUAGAGACGAAGCGGUUCUGAUCCGCCGACUGGGCUGCUUGGUGCGGGCAGGAGGUGAAACUCUGCCAGCAGGAACCCCAUGAGGCUUUUUACCGUGAGCCGAGGAGCUCCUGGAGCUCACUUUGUGUUUUCCUCCUCCUGAUAUUUAUGGAUCUUUGUCUCUUUUUAACUUAAAUCCUCCUGAUUUCAGAUCUUUCAGUUUAGAAACUGACGUAACGGUUUUGGACGGUGCAAUAAGGUUUACGGCAGCAGCUUCCGUCUGUGCACUGAAACGGUUUUCAAACGGCGCCCGAAACCCCGCGUCCCGAUUGGUCGUCUGCGUCAAAGUGCCUGAUUGGGUUAACGAGCGAUCGGCCGGUGCAAACGGAACGUUCCGAUUGGACGGGCUGUUCCGCUGACGUCUCCGUUCCGAUUGUUUCCUCCAGUUUUCUGCUAAUCAAUCAUCAAACUAAACAUCUUCAAACCCAAGAUGCCAAACUUGUUCCCCUGCCAGGUGUGACACCUGGGCGGGUCGGUCGCCGUUUGUCGCCGCAGCGAGUCUAAGAUCACGUUGGUUCCGGGUCGGUAUCUGUGUGGUUCGGCGUCUCGUUAUGCAAUAAGGUUCCGAUUUCUUUUCUGUUUGUUUGUUUUUGUUUUGUUUUGUUGGGUUUUCUGCCGCAGUGCCGCUGAGCCUCUUCACUUUAAUCCUAACGAAGCUGUCGGGGCUUCAUCACUCGGACCAAACCUACGUGCCUGCUCGCUCACGGCUUCGUGCCGAUUGGCUCGCCACGUCCAGCUGCUGUUAGAAACGACACACACAUCUUCUGGCGCCUCGCGACGUGGUUCUGGUGCUUCAUCAGACGUUCUCUUCGGUUCUUCGCCGUGAACCCAUCAGAACCGCGCGUUCCCGUCUGCCUCUACUUUUACUUGAAGAAUAUUUGAAGUCGUAAAAAAACGUGUUUGACUGGAUUUGAAGGUGGGGACUGAGAACGGACCUCCAGAACCUGUAGGCGGGACGUUCUCUCACAGAUGCCUUUAUUCUCCUUAAACUGAAGCAUUUUGAAGUCUGAAUGAAGAUAUAUUUAUAAUUAUAGAUAUUAACCAAAUGCAUGCUUAGCCACUUUUUAUCAAAGACAAAAAAAGGACCUAUUUAAUAAAAGAGUUUAGGGAUUAUAAUCAGAGUUUAUUAAAUUAAUAUUUAGAAAUCAGGAGUUUUAAAUUUUCUCAGCCUGUCGGAUAAAGACGAUGAAUUCAAGUUUGUUUGUUGGUAGAAAAAUAGAUAAAAGCCGUGAUUUUUGUUUCGUUUUGGGUCAGAUUCUGUUUGGAUUAAAGCGAAAUAAUUAUGUUUUUAUGAAAUUCAACCUGGACCUGCAUGGACGCCGUCUCAGAUCAAACUGUCCAAUCAGACGGGGCUUGCUUUGGUUCUGGAACUAAACUGGGUUUUACAGAAAUUCUGCAGCUUUCUGGUUCUGGUAUCUGAACGGUAUUUUUAUUUCAUGUUUUUUAGUUUUUUGUCCCUUUCAGGGCCUGGAGCAGCUUAACUGAUGCACCUUAGCUGUGAUUGGCCAGUUUGAAUCAGCGUCGUCCAAUCAGGUUCAGGUAUGAAGGAACGGUGGAGUUUGAACUUUGAGCUGCGAGUUUAGGGCCGUGCUUCUUUUUACAGAAAGAUUUUAUUUUGAGAAACUUGUUUUUGCUUUCAAAUAAUUGAAAUAUGAGCCAAAGUUACAAAGGAUGAGCAGAAAUUAACUUUUUUUUUAUUUUUAUUUUUUUUUUAUUUUUUUUAUGAAGAACUGAGAAAUGCUGGAAAGCAAAAAUGAAACAACCGACUAUUCUUAUAACAUUACUGUACAGUUAUUAAAAAUACAAUUUUUAGAUUUAAAGAAAUGUGCAGCUAAGCAGGUGUAUGUGUACAGAUGUGGACCAAAUCGUUGGUAUCCUUCUGUUAAUGAGGGAAAAACCCACAGUGGUCACUAAAAUAACUAGAAACUUACAAAAGUUAAAAAUAAAUUAAACUUUACUGAAAAUUAACCAAUGACGUUACUUUAGAAUCGUGGUUCAACAGAAUCACUAAAACAAAAUAAAUAACCCAAAUCAAACCGGCCUGGACAUAAACGAUGGCACCUGUAGCUUAAUAUUUAGUAAAACAUUUAUCUUCCUGUCACUCUCAGCCGUUUUUUAAGUCCACGCUGAGAGCAGCAGCUGAAACUGAAGCUCACUGGAUGCAUAAACACUAGAAAUGUGCAGCCAGAAAAAAAUAAAAAUAAAUGUGCAGCCAGCAAGAGGAAACGAGCGCAUAGCGGCGUUAGAUGAGAACGUCAGUGAUUGGCCUGCGGCCCAACCAAUGGAUAAGGUGAUCCCCCAUAACAUGAAGCCAGAAAAUAUUGUCCACUGUACCUUUAAUGAUAUAAACCCCUAAACCAAAUACUGCAAACACCUACAUACAGUAAGCUAGUUGCACUAGCAGACAUUCUUGCACAUUAAGUCAAUAAUUUAGCAUUCUUAGCUGUCUGAAAACAACUUUUAUGAGUAAACAAAUGGAAAACUGUUGUUUUUAGAGUUUUUACACAUAGCAAGCCUGCUAAGCGAGGUUAAAACUGUAUUAAGGUCGCUUUAGCUAAAUGAGCCACAAUCAGCGUCACACUCACCACCGUCUGGAUUCCUUUCCCCUUUGUCUUUUUACUUUUUAAGCUUUUAGAACGAUAAUUAAUUUUAAUUUAGACUGAGUUGAUGCUGCGGUCAGCCGGGCUCCAUGUUUACCUAAGAACGCAGCACUUUCUGUGGGGGGGGCUGUCAAUGCAACGUUUCUGCUGGGAGACCCGGACCCGUCCUGUAAAAGGCGUCGGCGUUUUGACUCCAGUCCAGUUUACGGUUCUGUUUGAUAUAAAUAUGAUUUAAAACGAUUAUUUAUUAAUAAACAACGGCUCAUAUUUUAAUUAUUUAGUUUAUCUUAUGGCUCAUUUCUAAAAGCGAAUGUUGUGUCCAGUAUAUUCUGACCCGUUUUUAAGUUUUCUGCUGAUGUCAUUCUUAUGUUUUUUUUUUUUGCGUUUAUCAUGUAAAACUUUAAAAAGAGGUGCUUUUUAUUAAAAGUUGAUUUUUAAACAGAACUGAACUUAAAGGUUCUGGGAAAGUUGCCGUGAAGAGAAUCAGAACAACGGCUCACUUCUUUGGCCCAUGAUCGUGUUGUAAAAGUGAUUCUGCUGCGGUUCUGACGACCCGGUCCGUCAGCUUCUCCUCCUGGUUCUGUUUUCAUUAGAGGGAAGGUUCUGAAGUUUACCGUUGGACCGUUACAGACUGUGCCUUCGCUGAUGGUGCUGAUAAAGUUCUGUGACCCUGCUGUGCACUGUGUCCAUGUGUCGUAAUAUUUGUGCAAAGCCAAGUGGAUGAAAAAUUAUGCAGAACUUGAACGGACCGGACCGGACCAAAAGGCCCGUGAGUGAUCAUAGAAGCUCUGGAGCACAACCGGAAACCAAACCCCUCCGUCGGUACCGAGUGGGUCCGUGUGGAUGUGAUGUAGCAUUAUUUAUUUCACAGCUUUGGUGUCUGGGCUGCAGCGCCCCCUGGUGUCGAUUCCUCCUUCAUGUUCCUAAUGAACAGCAAUAAUGGGUCAGAACUCUGCAGAGGUUCUGUCGGACUCUGGAAACAUGUUUGUUCGUGUUUUUCACAUGAAGGAAUAAAUCUCUGCAGAUCGCACUUAAAAACAAACGUGUUUGAUAUGAAAACUGGAUUUCUCUCUCCUGCUCUUUUUAUUUGUCGUAUUUAAUUAUUAUUAUUAUCAUUUUUUUUUUGGACAUUAAAGACAUUCAAACAUUUA